CCAGGUAAGUGUGCUGUAAUUAUAUAGAGGUUAUCAUAGUACAGUGUAAUUGGCCAGGUGUUGGUCCGGGGCGACGAUGCAACAAGAGCAAUUUCGAAAAUAAAAUACAACAGACAUAGAUAGAAGGGAACCAAUAUAAUUACUAGAGUACUAGGCCUCCCGAUUUACUACCCCCCGACUAGUCCCCCGAACGGUUGCUCACCAUUUGUCACCCCCAUCGUGUUACCAUUAUGUACUUUCAAUUAAUAAUUCACAAAGACCAAUUCUCCUCACCCUGCAAGUUGCUUGUUCAUCGUCCCAUGAUCUUACUUCUAACUUUGAUCUCGUUACAAAACUCGGUGCUGUCGAAGUCUUCGACUACAAAGAUCCCGAGUACGCGAGGCAAGAUCCGUGCCCCUAUCAAGGGCUCCCUCUCGAUUAUUUUCAACAUUAUCUUCGAAGGAAACUCGGCCGCUAUCUGCGCCGCUGCCUUUGCCGCAAACGGCGGGCUGUACGCCACAUUACUCGUCGGUGAGAUCUUCCAUCAAUCAGUCGUUAUAUCCACGUUUACACUGGGAUAUACGGGUUUGAACGUUGGCUUCACGGAUAAAUUCUCAGCUAGUCAAACAGAUUUCGUUUCGCGGCCUAAUCCUGGAGAACUAGCUAGAACCUGA